GCCUACGCGGCCGUCCCCGUCCCUGGCCCCGUCCGGUCGGUGCCAGUCGCGCGUGUCCCGCAGCUCCGCCGCGAUGCCGGCGGCCGCCCCCGCCUCUGUCACGGCCAUGCAGCAGGUCCUGGACAACCUGAUGGGGUUCCCGGGGACCCCGGGGGUGGCCGACCUUGACCUCAUCUUCCUCCGGGGCAUCAUGGAGAGCCCCAUCGUCCGCUCCCUGGCCAAGGCGCACGAGCGGCUGGAGGAGCGGAAGCUGGAGGCAGUGCGCGGGGACAACCUGGCGCUGGUGCAGGAGAUCCUGCGGGACAUCGGGCGCCUGGCGCGGCCCGACGUGCAGGGAGCGGCGGCGGAGCUGGCCCGGAUCCUGCGGGAACCGCACUUCCAGUCGCUGCUGGAGACCCACGACUCGGUGGCUGCCAAGAGUUACGACCCCCCCCCGAGCAGCCCCGGCCCGGAGCCCUCCCUGGGGUCCCAGCCCGUGCCCCCCGACGCCGUGCGCAUGGUGGGCAUCCGCAAGGCAGCCGGCGAGAAUCUGGGGGUGACGUUCCGGGUUGAGCGGGGGGAGCUGGUCAUCGCCCGCAUCCUGCACGGGGGGAUGGUGGCCCAGCAGGGGCUGCUGCACGUGGGGGACGUGAUCCGCGAGGUGAAUGGGCGCGAGGUGGGCAGCGACCCGCGGGCGCUGCAGGACAGCCUGCGCCACGCCAGCGGCAGCGUCGUGCUCAAGAUCCUGCCCAGCUACCAGGAGCCGCACCCGCCCCGCCAGGUGUUUGUCAAGUGUCACUUCGACUACGACCCGGCCACCGACAGCCUCAUCCCCUGCAAGGAGGCCGGGCUCAAGUUCAUGGCCGGGGACCUGCUGCAGAUCGUCAACCAGGAUGACCCCAACUGGUGGCAGGCGUGCCACGUGGAGGGCGGCAGUGCGGGGCUGGUGCCCAGCCAGCUGCUGGAGGAGAAGCGCAAGGCCUUCGUCAAGCGGGACGGGGAGGUGGCCCCCACAUCGGGGGCCCUGUGUGGCAGCCUCAGCGGGAAGAGGAAGAAGAGGAUGAUGUACCUGACGACCAAGAACGCCGAGUUCGACCGGCACGAGCUGCUGAUCUACGAGGAGGUGGCGCGGAUGCCGCCGUUCCGCCGGAAAACGCUGGUGCUGAUCGGGGCUCAGGGCGUGGGGCGCCGCAGCCUCAAGAACAAGCUCAUCAUGUCCGACCAGGCGCGCUACGGCACCACCAUCCCCUACACGUCCCGGAAGCCGAAGGAGAGCGAGCGGGACGGGCAGGGCUAUCGCUUCGUGUCGCGGGGCGAGAUGGAGGCCGACAUCAAGGCGGGGCGGUACCUGGAGCACGGCGAGUACGAGGGGAACCUGUACGGCACCAGGAUCGACUCCAUCCGCGCCGUGGUGGAGGCGGGCAAGAUGUGCAUCCUGGACGUCAACCCGCAGGCCGUGAAGGUGCUGAGAACGGCGGAGUUCGUGCCCUACGUGGUGUUCAUCGAAGCCCCCGGCCCCGAGAGGCUGCGAGCCAUGAACCGGGCGGCCCUGGAGAGCGGCGUGGCCACCAAACAGCUGACGGAGGCGGACGCCCAGCGCACGGUGGAGGAGAGCAGCCGCAUCCAGCGCGGGUACGGGCACUACUUCGACCUCAGCCUGACCAACGACGACCUGGAGCGCACCUUCGGGCGGCUGCGGGAGGCCAUGGACCACCUGCGCGUGCAGCCCCAGUGGGUCCCCGUCACCUGGGUCUAUUAGGGACCCCCAAACCCUCCCCUCAACCCCCCCAGCUCACCCAGGAGGCCUGGGGGGGUGCGAAGGGGGGUUGUGUCUCACCCACCGGUGUGAUGAGCUCACCGUGCUCAGCCCCGCGGGGGCCGGGGGGGGCUUUCUGCAGGCCCCCCCGAACCUGACUCCUCUGUCCCCCCUACACCACCCCAAAUUUUCGGGGGGGGCAGAAGCAGCCAGUGGGGUUCCAUGGGGGGCACAGCCCCCACACAGCUGAGUCACUGCCAGAACCUCGCCCCCUCCCCGAAUUACCCCAGGGGGCUCUGCCCCCCCACCACGUGGGGGACGUGGGGAAAACGGGGUCCCCCCGUCCCUUGCAGCCCCCUGACUCAGUUUCCCCGUGGGGAAGCCCCCCCUGUCCCAGGUGGGGACCCCCAGGAUUGGGGAUGGGGAGAUGCAGGGUUUUGGGGGGUCACACCCAGAAGCUGCCGUGGCCCGGCCACAACCCCCCCGCGGGGACCCCCUUCUCCCCUUGCCAGGGUGGGGGUCCCUCACUGUCCCUUGUGUCCCCUGUCACCCCUUCCUAGGUAGCAAUAACCCCCUCCCCACGCCCUGUAAUUAACCCUUAAUUAACCCUUAAUUGGCCUUGUAAUUAACCCAGUGGGGGGCUGUGGCUGGGGACUCGCUGGGGGUGUCUGGGGUGGCGACAUGGGGUGUCCCCAAGGGACAGGGACACAGGGGUGCAGGGUGUGCCCCGUGUCUCUCCUGCCCCGGGUCCCCCCCUGGGCCCCCCCAGUCCCUGCCCCCAGUUUCUCCUUUUUGGUACUUUGCUGUGAAUUUUAUUAAAGGAGAGAAAAAUG